AUGGCGGUUUCUACGACGGUCGCCGCCGCUUCGGCGUCUCUUUACGUCGGCGACCUCCACCCCGACGUCACCGAAGGCCAGCUGAAGGACGCGUUCUCCGAUUGCAUUGGCCGUGAUUCCGUUCGCCUUUGCAAGGACACGGCAACCGGCAGGUCCCUCUGUUAUGGCUAUGUCAACUUCGUUUCUCAUCAAGACGCGAUUCGUGCAAUCGAGUUGAAGAAUAAUUCUAUGCUGAAUGGAAAAGCGAUGAGGGUCAUGUGGUCGCGUCGUGAUCCUGAUGCAAGGAAAAGUAACAUAGGGAACGUGUUUGUCAAGAACUUAGCUGAAUCAAUACACAAUGCGGCACUACAAGAUUUAUUUAAAAAAUAUGGGAAUAUUGUGUCCAGCAAAGUUGUCAUCUCUGAGGAUGGGAAGAGCAAAGGAUAUGGCUUUGUUCAAUUUGAAUCAGAGGAAUCUGCAAAUACUGCCAUCGAGAAGCUGAAUGGCUCUACUAUUGGUGAUAAGCAGAUAUAUGUUGGCAAGUUUGUCAAAAAGUGUGACCGCAUAUUGCCUGGCCCUGAUGCCAGAUAUACAAACUUGUACGUGAAGAAUUUGGACCCAGAUAUUACAGAAGCACUUCUGCAGGAAAAGUUUUCCCCUUUUGGCAAAAUUGUUAGCUUGGCUAUUGCAAAGGACAACAACGGGAUGUCAAAGGGUUUUGGCUUCGUGAACUAUGACAACCCAGAUGAUGCUAAAAGGGCGAUGGAAGCAACAAGUGGAUCACAAUUUGGUUCAAAGAUUCUGUAUGUAGCCAGGGCACAAAAGAAGGCUGAGCGUGAGCAGAUCUUGCACCAUCAAUUUGAGGAGAAACGUAAGGAACAAAUCUUGAAAUAUAAGGGAUCAAACGUUUAUGUGAAGAACAUUGAUGACAAUGUUAGUGAUGAAGAAAUGCGAGAUCAUUUUAGUGCAUGUGGCACAAUUACUUCUGCAAAAAUUAUGCGAGAUGACAAAGGGAUAAGCAAAGGGUUUGGUUUUGUCUGCUUCUCCACUCCUGAGGAGGCCAAUAAAGCUGUGAACACUUUUCAUGGAUUCAUGUUUCAUCGCAAACCACUAUAUGUUGCUCUUGCUCAGAGGAAAGAGGAUAGGCAAGCACAGUUGCAGCUCCAGUACGCACAGCAAAUAGCAGGACUAUCUGGACCUUCAACUACCAUUAUCCCUGGUGGAUAUCCUCCUUACUACUAUGCAGCUACUGGUGUUGUUUCACAUGGGCCUCCUCGUGCUGGGCUGAUGUAUCAACCUCUGGCAAUGAGGACGGGAUGGAGGGCUAAUGGCUUUGCACCUCCUGCUAGACCAUUUCAACAAUCACCAGCUCCUGUUGUUUCUAACAAUACAAGGCAGCAUAGGCAAAACCGGGGCAGGAUGAAUGGGCAUACAAUUUCUCAGGGAAAUAAUCAUUCUGGUACCCAGCAGAAUUCUCAGUCAGUGAUCUCGUCAAGAGAGUCAAAUACUCAGCAGCGAACAGGACAGGCUAAGUACGUACCUAGUGGACGCCUACGUGAGAUGGAAAAAGGAUCUGGAUUCUCAUCUGCUGGUUCUAACUCUGGUGGUGGAUCCCAGGGAUUAGAAAUGCUGCAUAGCAUGCUUGCUUCUGCUACUCCUCAGCUUCAGAAAGAUAUACUCGGCGAGCAUAUUUACUUGAUUGUAGAGAAACUCAAGCCUAGCCUAUCAAGAAAGAUUACAGGGAUGCUUUUGGAGAUGGACAAUGACGAAUUGCUGGUUCUCCUGGAAUCACCCGAGUCUCUUUCUGCUAAGGUGGAAGAAGCUGUGCAAGUGCUCAAGAACUCAAAGACAAAAGUUUCUGGCCAGGAUGUACUUCAUUCAAAUUACCUUUCAGCUGGUGUAGCAGUGAGCUGA